UAUCAGUGUGUACGUAAGGCAGCGAGUGUGGCUGUGAUCACCGAAAACACUCAAUGUGUAGCAGCACUGUUGGAGGAAGGAAGAAAAUCUCGCAUGUGGUGUAAAACAGAGACUGUACCAGUCUGGGCUGUUCACCCACUGUACCGGCGCUCCAUUUCACAUUGUGCGCAAUAAGAAGAAGCGGCGGCGGGGACGCGGAACGGGGACGCGCUUCUCACAGACGCAGCCAGGAAAUCUGAUGUGAAGUCAUGUGAGCAGGGCCACCUCCAACUGUGCCUGUGGUCGGGACAUCAGGUUUUGAGCUGGUAUCCAAGUCCUUGAAGCAGACAUGCUCCAUGUCCACAAAUAUGAAAACAUCACAACUCCCUGACCUUGAUCCUAUUUUUGCAGUGGUGAAAAUAAGUUAAACCAACAUAUUUUACAUGCUCAGCCUGUGCACUGACAGGGGAACACCCUUUAAAAUCACAAGCCUUUGUGGAUUGCAAACAUCUAUUGUGAAGCCAUAAGCCAUCUAAUCUCCUGGUGGAAACUAUAUGAACUUUUCUUUCCUCUGUUGUGGUGGCCAGCCAUAGACAAGCCCAUAAUAUUGAACAUGACUCAUGGGGACGAGACUGGCCCUGAGAAACACCAGGAUUCUGCUGUUCUAACAUAUCUGGAAGGCUUACUUAUGCCUCGGGUAGCAGGAGCACAAAAUGCCACAGCAACACAAAGAAGUGAGGCUGAAAAAGGCAAAGAAGAGCAAGAAAACAAGGAGUCGCCUGGGCUUACACUUCCCAGGCACAGCACUCAGCAGGAGCAGGAUAAAAUAAGUCCUCACGGGUCAACGCAUCAUGUCAAAAAAGCUCGCCUGCUCCGCUCAGAAGCCUGGAUUAACCAUGAAAGCCAAAUGAGGUCUGUGCCUCCUGUUGAGCCCAGUAAGGAAAAGCAAGAGCACUGUAGUGGCCUGAAUGGUUCUUUGCAGUGGAAAGGAGAGAGCACACUGCUGGCAAGCCUACUUCAGAACUUCAGCACAAGGCUCCAAAAUGUGGCCCUUUCACAACAAAUCUCCCAAAACAUAAUGUCACACAAUGACACACAAGACUCAGGCAGCAAGCCUGAAGAAGAACACAGAGCACCUAGAGAUGUUCAUGGAUCUUCUCCAGGCUUGACUGGAAACAGCACAGUGCAGAAUCACAGUAGUAGCAAAGUGUAUCACCAUCGACAGUCUAGUCAGGAGAGACUAUCAAAGUCUCCAGUGACACCGCAGCACAGUUCACAAUCCCCCUCAUCAGAAUCUCUUCCUUGUACCGAGCGCCUAAAAGCUGUGGCCAGUAUGGUAAAUGUCAGGUCAAGCCCAGCACCUUCACCGAAACCCAGUGUGGCCUGCAGUCAGCUUGCUUUACUGCUAUCCAGUGAGGCUCACCUGCAGCAGUACUCCAGGGAACAUGCAAUUAAAGCUCAACUUGCCGGGCGAUCGGCCAGCGAGAGGCUUGCAGCCAUGGCUACACAGCAAGAAAAGAAACCUACAAUUUACAGACCAGCUCAGGCAAACCACGAUGGACUAAGCUCCUUGCAGGCAAAUGGUAAACCUCCAGAGGUGUCAACAAGCUUGAGCAGGCCGAGUUCAAGCAUAAGUAUGGGAAAAAGUAGAUCACUGGGUUCGGUGCGUAGAACACAUCCCUUCCGCGAACGGCGACCUUUUGAAAGGCACAGCAGGCUGACGCAAAACUGCAGCAGUCUGCUGCUUCAACUUCUCAACAGCCACAACACACCACAGCAACUUAAUUGCCAGGGUCACAUGAAGGAGGAUGUCAGCAUAUUUUCUAGUCAAGCGUCUCCUAUGUUCUCAGACAGUGAACAAUCGAACUCUGCAUACAGUCUACCAAAAGACAGCAGCGAUGCCGAGAGCUCUCGCUCCAGUUGUUCUCCAAUUGACCUUUCCUUAAAAAGCAAAGUCAAUUUUAAAGUUCCACAGCCUUCCUCAUCUUCACCCCCUUUGGACAAGCUCACAGAGUCUAUAAAAAACAGGUGCACACCGGAGAGUCCGAUUUUAAACUUUUCUGCAGAAUCCAAAGAGUUACAUGCUUGUUCCGAGAUCAAACCCCAUCACAAGGUUACACUUUUGGAGUUGCUUCUUGAUCAAAAACACAAUCAGAAGACAAACAAAUGCCUUAAUAGUCCAGGUUUACAGCCACUCAUUAUCCCUAAGGUCAGUAGUGCACCUGAAAGUAAUCAGGCUCUGUUUUAUACUAGUCAAUAUAAGGAUGCAAGAGAAUCUAGCCCUAAUUGUAGACGAAAUAGCAGAAGUCCUAAAGUACUGCCAACAUUCUCUCAAGGAAGGGAUUGUAACAUCAGGGCAUCUCCAUAUAACAUAUAUAGCCCCCCUCAUACACAGUCUGUCCCACUGGAUCUGUGUAAGAGUAAACCAACUGUGAGUGGUUCAAGUGGCAAAGAACCAGCUUUUAGUGCUAGUAAACUGUUACAAAAUUUAGCUCAGUGUGGAACUCAAAAUCCUGUCAGUUCCCCCACACUGAAGUCUCAGUUGCCUCCGAUCAAAAGGCAACUAACUGAAGAGUUUAAAUCAGCAGCUCUUUUAGAAAAACUCACUGCACCCAUUCAGAAAAGCACCGCAACAACAUUUGAAGCAACUCAUAUUAAGUCCCAAGCCACACCUUUGCCAGAACCUACACAACACACUUCAGAGAUUGAAAAUCUCCUAGAAAGGCGUACAGUUCUACAGCUUCUUUUGGGCAAUAAGUCUAAAAAAGAAAGAGCUGGCAUCAAGAGAAAAAGAGAAUCUGGAAAACACACUACUUCAAAAUGCCCCAGUACUUUGAAAACUCCCUCACCAGAUAUUUUAGUCAAAACUGAGCCAGAGGAAGACGUAUGUAGAAGUAUGUAUAAUGACAGACAGGUAACAAAUAAUAUAUUAUUAGAAUCACCCAGGCAGAGCCCUCAUGUUGUCAAUCAGGUAAGCAUAAAGCAAGAGCCACAGACCUCAGUACCAGUUCCCAGAGAUGGUCUCCUUCCUUAUUUCUCAUAUAACCAGCCCACAGACCUAAAGCCAAACUCAAUAAAGCACUCAAAAAGAGGUUGCAUUAAAGAGGAACAAGUAGAACAUCAGGGACCAACUAUCCCGAAGAAGAGAAAAAUUUCGGUUGAACCAGAGGACCAGGCUGACAUGAGCCAGCAGAGGAUGUAUAAUAGUUAUUUUACCCAAAAAGACAAUAGCAAUUUCUCAACCUCUGAAAUUGCUGAGACUCGAGAAUCCAGCAAUCCAUGCAGCCCUCCGGCGGCAGACAGUCCACCAGCUAAGUUUCCGCCAUGUGAAUCCCCACGAAAUGACACUGGUGGAUUUAAUGUUCUGAAGCAGCUCCUUCUUUCAGACAACUGUUUAAAGGAACUCUCUCAGUCAAGAAGUACAUUCAGUACGCCGACACAUCCUGUCGGGAAUGGAAGUACAAUCAAAGAGCCAUGUAACAACAGAGACCUUCAAAACUUUCGUCAGACUCUUAACCCGAGCAAAUUGUCUACAAUGAGACCGGAACUAAGCAGACAGGAAUCUGUUUCUGAUGUGCACCAGGAUUCACCCAGGUCAAAACAUGACAUCAGCUCAGAGAGGGACUCAAAAUCAUUGGCCAAUGGUGAUAAGAGAGGAAACUGUGAUCUGGAAUCUCCGCGAAUGACUAAAGCUAACCCUAUUUUGUAUUAUAUGCUCCAGAGAAGCAAUGCACAUUUUGUUAGAGACUCAAUUGAGCCCAGUGCAAAGGUGGGUCAUUGCAGGGUUCAAAUAAAAGACAAAGAGGCAUCAGAGGCCUCUGAUGUUAAAGUAAACUUGCAACAAAGCCCACAUAUUCACAACGGAUCUCAUAGUUGUGACUCCCCACGGCUAAAUGGGUCGCUAAAGAAGACUGCUAUAGACUGAACAUGAGCUUCUUAAUUUUUCUUUCUUCUUUCUGACCUGUAUUGAUGUUUUGUUUGUGAAUAUGAAAACUGCAAUGUCUGAUUUCCUGGAUUUUAUUACAUAUUCUAUAACAGCAUAUGGUUUUCUGAUUACUUAUUUUCGAUUAGAAACAUAAUGACAAAAAAAAUAUAUAUAACCAGUAUUUAAACUUUAUCUGUUGUCAGUGUGAAAUGUGUGACAGUUAUGUUCCUGACAUUGUUCCUGCCAAUGCCAGUGCAACAUUUAAUGCCCAGAGGUGGGUAGAGUGGCAAAACGUUACUGAAAUAAAAAAAAAAAAUACUUAGACUGACUAUUACACUAGCCCACCACCUCUGAGAUCCAGGUUUGAAACUCAGCAGUGCUAUUGACUGUCCAGACAUAAGUGGCUGUGUCAAAGCGUGUCCGAGGUCCCAUAAUGGAUUGCCAAUUGUCCCAGGUGUUUCUGCCUUGUGCCUGGUGUCCAGGCCAGGAUAGAGCAGUUAAAGAAAAUGAAAAAAAAAAAAAUAUAUAUAUAUAU